UAGAAAUAAUAAAUGCUAGCACCAUUCAAAAGGAUGCGAAAUAGGUCUCUGUACAACAGAUCGAAUACCAAAUCUAUGAAUUUAGAAGCCCAUUGAUGACCGAGCAGGCGCUUGAGAAUGCCUUUAAAGACUACCAUAAAGGAGUUUGAAUCAGGGGGAACCUUAUCUACAAAGUGAAUGAAAUAGAAUCGAGGAGACUCCAGACCAGAGUCUUAUGAUUUCGAAGGAGUCAAGCUACAGCCCAGAGAAAGAUCGCCGCGGUCUGAUCAUAAAUAAUUCAAAAAGUUCAAUUGCAAAUGAAGUCAAAAUUUAUAAAAUGAUGAAAUAGCAUUCCAAAUUUUCUGUUUAGCUCUGAAGAGGAGUCACCCGAAGAAGAGGUCCACGAGAAAGAUUUCCAAAAACUGCAGAAUAUGUUUCAAGAGAAAGCUCAGAUUAACUGGAAAUAAAAUCUCUGAUUUUAUCUUCCACCAGAGUAAAUAAAGAGCUUAGGAGCAAACUUAAGAUCAUCAACCAGAGACUUUACAAUGACCAAAAACGGCUCUCAAAAAUGGCAGCGAGGAGCAAAGCUAUCAGUCAAAAUUUAGGAAUAGAUCGAACUAAUAUCAAAGUAACAAAUCUCACCUCAAAUAAAAAUAUUAACGAUGAUGGAGAAGUGUCUUCUGACUUCACUCCAUUUGCAGAACCCAGCAACAUCCCUCCCGUUUUAAAUAAAUACAGGAAAAAGAAGAUCAAGGUCCGAUGUACACUCCAAAAUCUCCGUCCUGUCUUACCUGCUGGAAGACGGCAUAAAAUUAUUGUGAAAAACCCAGCUAAAAUACAUCUUAAAUAAGAAAUCAGUCAGAAGGUACAAAAAGCUACAUAUUAAAGACCGGCCUAUCAGUACAAUAGUUCAUGAUAAAACUCUGAAGCCAGAUUCUCUGCUGCGUCGCAGCCUAGACCCUCGCUGUAAGAAUGCACAGAGGAUCAGGAACAAUAAUCUAACUACCAAUUUCCAUAAAUAGAAAUCUUUCUAUGGAUGAAUGAGUUGAUUUAAGACAAAGUGACAAUAACAUCUCUAAAAUGUCAAAGCAGGAAGAAAUCCCACAAGGGAUUUCUUCCUGCUUUGAGGUUCAGAAUGAAUCUAUUCAAGAUAUUUCUCAAGGAAAAAUAUUCGGAAAAAGCACCAAUGAGUGCUGGAAAAGAGAGUUCCAAAGCACUCACUCUACAAACAUUUUCUCAAGGGAUUUGAAGAAUGAUUGAAGGCCUAAAGCCGAGCCAAGGGCUCGGCUUCGGGCUCCUAAAAGUUCGAAGCGAUCGAAAAGAAAGCCCUUGAAAUAUUUGAAAAGUCCUAUGUUCUCAUUUAGCUAUAAUAAGCAGCAAAAGCAGAAAAUCUCACAGCUGAAGAGGGUGUUACAAAUCCAAAGUAUGGACUAAAGUAGUUGAAAGCAUUCAAU